AUGUCAAGAGAUCGUUUUACUUUUAUUAUGUCAAAUAUCCACUGCUGUGAUAAUACAGUUCUUGGUGAUUCUCCUGACACAUUCGCUAAGUUGAGACCUCUGUUUGACGAGUUAAAUAAAAUCUUUACUGAAAUGGCUCCGCUAGAAGAGAACUACAGCAUAGAUGAGGCUAUGGUUUCAUACUAUGGACGUCACAGUUGCAAACAGUUUAUACGUGGCAAACCAAUUCGUUGGGGGUAUAAACUGUGGGUUGGUGCUACAAGAUUAGGCUACGUAAUUUGGUUUGAUCCCUACCAGGGAAAAUCUUCAACCAUUGCAGAAGGUUACAAACAGUUUGGUCUAGGUGGGAGUGUGAUUUUGGAGUUUGCUGAUGUUCUACAAGGUCGUGAUCCAACAUUGCCAUUUCAUUUAUACUUCGACAAUUAUUUUUCCUCUAUUCCUCUACUGCAUAAACUUAGUAAUAGAGGUCUGAGAGCCACUGGAACUAUUCGUGAAAACAGAACGUCCAAGUGUCCUCUCGAGUCUAACAAAGAUUUCAAAAAUACUGAUAGAGGUUCAUUUGUAUUCAAAUCCAGUUUGCCUACCAAUAUUUUG